AGGGCGAAUCCAUUAAACUCGAUCAACCAUUAACGAGUAAUCCUAAUGUGGGUGGAUUUGGUCAAGGGGAUGCGGAAAUAGUACUUCAAGAUCCAUUACGUGUCCAAGGCCUUUUCUUCUUCUUAGGAUCGGUUGUUUUGGCACAAAUCUUUUUGGUUCUUAAAAAGAAACAGUUUGAGAAG